AUGAUACGAACAGGAGGAGUGCAGCAGAUGGCCAGGGGACUAUGCCAAAUAAUGGAACGUGAAAUCUCAAAGGGAAAUUUCAACACCAACAUCAGACAACAAAUGACUCAAAGAGGGUCCAGCUUCCCUGGUCCUCUAUCAACAGUGUCCGAACCAUGGCGGUGCUGCCCUGGCCUUUCUCUUUCCAGCCACGGGACUUCAGCCUGCCCAACUCGUCCUGGGGCUCCGACAUGAGGCGUUUGUAUGAGCACUAUAACAGCCAGUGUGAGGUCGAGGCAGAUGACGGAGAGAAGAAGUGGGGGGUCUGGAGAAGACUGCCCAGCUAUAACCGCUCCCUCAAGUACGCCACAGGUGGGGUGUAUUUGAGUAAGAUCAUUCAGUCGAAGGCACGUCUGUUCACGCGGAACAUCAGGGAGCAGGGAGCAGGGUUCGAGUACGUCGUGUUUGUCAACAAGCAGGAGCAGAAGUGUGUGUGUGUGUUCCAGGCUGGCCACCUACUGGAGGGACCCCCGGGGCACGUCCAUGGGGGGGCAAUAGCUACCAUGAUUGACACUGUAACGGGGACCCAUGCCACCUCCCUAUCUGGGCCUGUCAUUACUGCCAACCUCAACAUCAACUACCGCAGGGCUGUUUCUGUCAAUCACAAUGGGACACCUAUUAGGAGGAUGAUUGAUAGGCCAGCUCAUCGAACAACCAGACGCUACAAACACACAAUAUCAGAAACAGCACUGACUUCCUAGGGGGUGUGUUUGUAUGCACACAAAUGUUUGGGUGUAUAUCAGUACCUGAGCGUGGGAGUGUAUAUGUUUGAGUGUGUGUGUGUGUGUGGUUAUGACUCUCAGAUCCACUAAUGUUCUUAACUCUAGCUGUUUGCCUGAGACACCUGAUGCGUUGCGCUCCACUGACAGCCUACAGAUACUGUAUAUUAUAGACACAACCGGUGGUGGAUAUUGUACCGCUCUUUCUCCACUGUUACACACUCCUGGACAAACAGCUCCAGUCAGAGUGAAGCUCAUAACCUCUGGUAUAUUAUAUUCAGGUUGAGGCUGUGAAUACAACUUUUCUGAACCCUUCUUCCCGACAGCUAAAGGUCCCGACACUUCUGCAUGUGCAGAAUUCUCUACUUUACGCACCUCCCUUCACAUUUCUCAGUCAAUUGUGACUGAUAAUCUUCAUGUUUUACCGGUGAAACGUCCAUGCAGCAUCUGCAUACCUGUGUCUAGUUUCAAUCAUAGGACAUAUUUUGCCUAGUGGCACGUGCUGUUGAGUUUUGGCCACAUGAGAGAAAAAUGUGCCCAUUUGCACAAUCAUCCUAAAAUCUCAUAAGAAAUUAGGUGGUGUUUUGUCUUGCAGUAAUUUGAUACUACACUAUAUUGGUUUCUGUUAUGUAGAAUACCAUCAUUAUGUGAUCUGGCAGACAUUGAUUCAGCUUUGAUCUAACUUCAUUAAACGAGCACCAUUCACCUGAGUAGCGUGUUCUCUAGUAGGACAGAGACUGUGUGUAAAGAAGCUUCGGGACCUUUAGCUGUCGGAAUGAGGGGUCUAGAAAAGUUGGAUCCACAGCCACUCCGAUAUAUUUAAUAGAUAGUUCAUUUUUUGUAUUUUAAGUUUAUUUUUUGUAUUUUAUUUGUAUAAUUAUUUAUAAUUUAUUGGGCCUUUUACAGUUUGAGAUUUUUAUCAUUGCCCAUAUGUUAUUUUGUGACCAUUAUGACCUCUUGAAUAAAGCUUUACCUCUUGGGUACUGUAGACUGUUUUUCAAUGGUAUCUGGCUCAAUGUGGGAUAACUUUUCCAUU